AUGGAUGAGACCGCCGACCAGCAGUUCGAGGGCCAGCUACCACUUCAGACAAGACACGUCAAGAUGGGUCGAACGAGUACGACGGCGACGGAAGAGCUAUCGGCUAUCGAGAGAUCUUUGAAACGAACUCAUGCGUUGUUCGCCUGUAACAAACCGUUGGACUGUAACGAUGUCGAACGAAAUCUCCGGAUGCGAGUGGCGACCAAGACCUAUGACGAGUAUCGCGAUUGCAAGUCUCUUCCCUCCGCCGUCCUUGAUCAGCAAGCUUCCAGCGGACCUUCGAGGCCCCCGCAACAGCAAGCUCUCAAAUCGAUCACAAGCGGGCCCCAGGGACCAUUACGGAUUCAAGCCGGGCCAAGUGAUCCGAGCGAUUCAUCUCAGUUGACUCGGGCCGAUCAGUCCCAAUCCUCUCAACACGCCGCACACAAGCAAUCGACACUUUUGUCCAAGUCGCUGAUCCGACGGCGCGAGGCGCGGACGGUCAAGCCUGACUUCCACCCGCAAUGGAAGCUGCACCGGGUGAUCUCGGGCCAUCUGGGCUGGGUGCGAUCGGCAGCGGUCGAGCCGGGUAAUCAAUGGUUCGUCACCGGCGCUGGGGAUCGGAUCAUCAAGGUCUGGGACCUCGCCAGCGGCAACCUCAAGCUCAGUCUCACCGGCCAUAUCUCGACCGUCAGAGGUCUUGCCGUCUCCGAUCGUCACCCCUACCUCUUCAGCUGUGGGGAGGAUAAAAUGGUCAAAUGCUGGGAUCUCGAGCAGAAUAAAGUCAUUCGCCAUUAUCAUGGUCAUUUGAGUGGGGUUUACUCUCUCAGUCUUCACCCGACUCUUGAUGUACUUGUGACUGCGGGACGUGACGCGUCGGCUAGAGUAUGGGACAUGCGAACCAAAGCUCAAGUGCACGUGCUAUCUGGUCACACAGCGACGAUUGCUGAUGUGAAGUGUCAAGAGAGUGAUCCACAGGUGAUCACGGGAUCGAUGGACUCGACAAUUCGCCUGUGGGACUUGGCAGCCGGACGGACGAUGGCCCAGUUAACUCACCAUCAUAAGUCGGUCCGGAGUUUGACGAUCCAUCCGACCGAGUACUCGUUUGCCUCCGGCUCUUCCGGGGGCAAUAACAUCAAAAAGUGGAAGUGCCCCGAGGGAAUGUUUGUGCAUAACUUCAGUGGGCACGAUGCGAUCAUUAACACGGUCUGCGUCAACGAAGAAGGGGUGAUGUAUUCAGGUGCUGAUAAUGGAUCGAUGACUUGGUGGGAUUACAAGACUGGCUUGCCCUUCCAGACGAUGAGUGAUAUUCCUCAGUCGGGCUCAUUAGACGCCGAGGCCGGGGUGUUCUGUAGUACCUUUGAUGCCACCGGGACUCGUCUUAUCACUGGUUGUGCUGAUAAAACCAUCAAGAUCUACCGCGAAGUGGUCUCUUGAGUGAGCAGUCUGACCAAAAUCUCGUCUGAUUGUGCGUGGUUGAUGCUGCUUGUUUCCUCUGCUUGGUUUUGUUUGACUAUGUAAAUACCGCUGCCUGAAACAUAAUCUAUGGAAACCUCAUUACUUUCAACUGUCCUGGAAAAUCGUCUGGUCUGCUUAUCUUUGUUUUGUGGAAGUGUAAUACUGCGCUUCACUAUGUAUACCAUCGCUACCAACAGGGUAGCGGACCCAGCGUUGGCACUAUGAAGUCAGUCCAUCAUACCCAGUUUAAUGAGUGUGGAUGUAGACUGGCGUUUCCGGUCGACAGUGACAUACAAAGUAUGAUCUCAUGGAAAUCAC